CCUAGAUUUCCAAUAAUAGCAGCAAUCGUCAUCGAACUUUCUAGAAACUCAACGACACCCUAGAACCCUCCACAGUCGCCACUACCACACAACCCCACCCCCUCCCCCCCUCUUUAAGAAAUCCCGCAACCCGCAAUCUUCUUCCUCUAUUCACUACACUCUUCCCUUAUUCUUCCAGAAACUUCCCAUAAAAUCAACUAUGGCCGACGAAGCUAAGGCCAAGGGUAACGCCGCCUUCUCCGCCGGCAAUUUCACCGACGCUAUUACCCACUUCACUGAAGCCAUCAAUCUUUCACCAACUAAUCACGUUCUUUACUCCAACCGAUCUGCUGCUUACGCAUCCAUCGGAAAAUAUUCUGACGCUUUAUCCGAUGCUCAGAAAACAGUUGACCUAAAAUCCGACUGGGCUAAAGGCUACUCUCGUCUUGGCGCCGCACAUUUAGGUCUUCACCAUUACGACGAAGCCGUUUCUGCUUACAAGAAGGGCCUUGAAAUUGAUCCAAAUAACGAGGCCUUAAAAUCUGGUCUUUCUGAUGCUCAGGCAGCUCAGGCUCGAUCUCGUGGCCCGGCUAGUUCUGCAAACCCUUUCGGUGAUGCGUUUUCUGGACCCGAGAUGUGGGCGAAGUUGACUGCCGACUCAAGUACACGGGCUUACUUGAACCAGCCCGAUUUUGUUAACAUGAUGAAAGAUAUUCAGAAGAACCCGACUAAUCUAAACCUUUAUUUGAAAGAUCAGAGAGUAAUGCAAGCGCUUGGGGUUUUAUUAGGUGUGAAAUUGUCGACGAGGAUGCCGGAGGAGGAGGAUGCUGAGAUGCCGUCCUCUUCGCCGGAGAGGAAGAGGCCUGCGGGGGAGGAGAAGAAGCGGCCCGAGCCCGAACCUGAGCCCGAGUCAAUGGAAGUGGGUGAGGAGGAGAAGGAGAUUAAAGAGAGGAAAGCAAAGGCACAGAAGGAGAAGGAGGCGGGUAAUGCGGCUUACAAGAAGAAGGAUUUCGAGACUGCAAUUCAGCAUUAUAGCAAGGCUAUUGAGCUUGAUGAUGAGGAUAUUUCAUUCAUUACUAACCGUGCUGCUGUCUACUUGGAGAUGGGAAAGUAUGAGGACUGCAUCAAAGAUUGUGACCAAGCUGUUGAAAGGGGGAGAGAGCUAAGGUCAGACUUUAAAAUGAUUGCAAGGGCUCUGACUCGAAAGGGAACUGCCUUGGCAAAGAUGGCAAAAAGUUCUAAGGAUUUUGAAGUUGCAAUUGAGGUUUUCCAGAAAGCCCUGACUGAACAUCGCAACCCAGAUACUCUGAAGAAACUCAAUGAUGCUGAGAAGGCGAGAAAGGAAUUAGAGCAGCAAGAGUAUUUCAAUCCGCAAAUAGCAGACGAAGAGCGUGAGAAAGGAAACCAGUUCUUCAAAGAGAUGAAGUAUCCCGAGGCGAUUAAGCAUUACACUGAAUCCAUAAAGAGGAAUCCCAAAGACCCGAGGGCAUAUAGCAACCGGGCUGCUUGCUACACGAAGUUAGCUGCAUUGCCUGAGGGGCUCAAGGAUGCUGAGAAGUGCAUUGAGCUUGAUCCAACAUUUGUAAAGGGCUACACCAGGAAAGGUGCUGUUCAGUUUUUCAUGAAAGAGUAUGAAAAAGCUAUGGAAACUUACCAGGAAGGAUUGAAGCAUGAUCCUCAGAAUCAGGAACUGCUAGAUGGUGUGAAGAGAUGUGUGGAGCAAAUAAACAGAGGAAGCCGUGGAGAUCUAACUCCAGAGGAGCUCAAAGAGAGACAGGCCAAGGGAAUGCAGGAUCCAGAAAUUCAGAACAUCCUUACAGACCCAGUAAUGAGACAGGUGCUAACUGACUUCCAAGAGAACCCAAAAGCUGCGCAGGAUCAUAUGAAGAACCCUCUUGUGAUGAACAAGAUCCAAAAGUUGAUUAAUGCAGGAAUUGUCCAAGUUAAAUAAGUAGAGCAACAUUUACAACUCACAAGGGAAAUAGGGCAUGGCUAUCCAUUAUUUAUUGUCGUUUGUGUAUUCAAGGGAAUCGUUCAUAGGACUCCUUUUACUCCUCUGAGGGUGUAAGGUCGCACAAUGUCUUGGUUUCCUGGUUUUCUUCUGUCGCAACUUUAAAUUUUGCAUCCUGUUGGCUCUUUUAUGUUCUGAUUGUUAUUAAAUUCAAGUGACGCUGCUAACUCCUCCAAACUGGAGAGAUAACUCUAUUUGUCAGA